AUGGACAGGGGAUACAGCUACCAACAACAACCACUACACUACAGGUUCCUCGAUAUGGACAGGGGAUAUAGCUACCAACAACAACCACUACACUGCAGGUUCCUCGAUAUGGACAGGGGAUAUAGCUACCAACAACAACCACUACACUACAGGUUCCUUGAUAUGGACAGGGAUACAGCUACCAACAAUAACCACUACACUACAGGUUCCUCGAUAUGGACAGGGGAUACAUCUACCAACAACAACCACUACACUACAGGUUCCUCGAUAUGGACAGGGGAUACAGCUACCAACAACAACCACUACACUACAGGUUCCUCGAUAUGGACAGGGGAUAUAGCUACCAACAACAACCACUACACUGCAGGUUCCUCGAUAUGGACAGGGGAUAUAGCUACCAACAACAACCACUACACUAUAGGUUCCUCGAUAUGGACAGGGGAUAUAGCUACCAACAACAACUCUACAGUACAGGUUCCUCGAUAUGGACAGGGGAUACAGCUACCAACAACAACCACUACACUACAGGUUCCUCGAUAUGGACAGGGGAUGCAUCUACCAACAACAACUACUACACUGCAGGUUCCUCGACAGGCACAUAAUCAGAUUGUUAUGAUGGAAAAUUGGAAUACGAAACUACUUACAGCUGCUGGGGAUGGAGAUGUAAAAGAUGUGAAAAUAUGCCUACAGAAUAAAGCAUACAUUGAUUAUAAAGAUGGUAGAGGAUGGACAGCAUUAAUGGAGGCUGCCAGGGAAGGACACCUGGAGAUCUGUAGACUCCUCAUUGAUACAGGAUACAGGUUUAAUGAACAAAUAUGUGAGGAUGGAGUGACAGCAUUAAUGUCGGCUGCCAGGUUUGGACACCUGGAGAUCUGUAGACUCCUCAUUGAUAGAGGAAGUAAGAUCGACAUCACAGAUGAUAGUGGAUGGACAGCAUUAAUGUUUGCUGCCAUGUUUGGACACCUGGUGAUCUGUCGUCUCCUCAUUGAUAGAGGAUGUAAGAUCGACAUCACAACAAAAAGUGGAUACACAGCUUUACAUUUGGCUGCUCGGGAGGGAUAUCUACAGACCACAAGAUGUCUGGUAGAAAGAGGUGCCAGUCCCUUGGUUACAACACAUGAGGGUAAAACUCCAUAUGAUCUGGCAGCAGCAAAACUGAAGUUUGAUCCAGGAUACAAAGAAGUAGUGGAAUACUUGCAGAAAAUCCGUGAUAUAUCAGAAUCCAUUUUGACCAAACUCACCCAGUUGAAUAGAGAUGACUUCCAGGAUCUUGUCACUCUAGGAACAUUUUCUUCCUACGAAAACAGGGUGUUUUUGGCUGGUCCUUGCAACAUUGGGAAAUCUUCGCUAGCAAGUAUUUUAAUUGACGAGGCAAUUCCAAAGACAUGGUAUUCAACAGAUGGACUAGUUAUUCAUUUUGGUAGAAAUGGCAUAGACCUACAACACCGAAAAAUGAUUCCAUUGAAAAAAGGUAGUGGUGAUAUUUUAACAAAACUUCUACUUGGAAAUCCUGAAUUAAAAGAACAACAAAUACGUACUGUCGAAUCCCAACUAGAGCAGAAUGUUGAUAAAAAUAUAGAUAAAGUCCCAGGUGAAUCAAAUCUUACAACCAAUGAAUCUAAGUUAAAUCCAUAUAAUAUGGAUAACCUUCCGCCAAAACAGCAACGACAAAAAAACAAAGCAGCACCUGAAAUGACCUCUUCUGAUAGACAACAACAAAUUCCUACUCAAACCUCUCAGAAGACUUUAAAAGGUAUCCAGGAACAGCCAAGUCAUACUGCCCAUUCUAUACAAGAUGAUUUAAUGGAGAAGAUUAAGAAAGGAACUUAUAUCAUGAAAAUAGCACCUUCGGAUUUGGUGGAUUUCGGUGGGCAAAGAUCGUUUGAUAUGACUCAUCAGUUAUUUAUCCAGCACAGGGGGACGUUCAUUCUGAUGUUUGAUGGACGUUUGGGCCUUUAUACAGAAUUGAAAGAAUACCCACAAGGAGAUGUUACAGCUGCAUCCAUUCUUGUGCAUUGGAUUAAUUCUAUAUUGACUUACUGUACAAAAAGUGAUGACAAAAUGCCAAGAAUUGUGUUUGCUGCUACCCAUAGUGAUAGCUUCUCUGAGGAUGAGAAAAAUAAAUUAGUUGUAAUAUUCCAAGAAGAGCUGACGAAGAUGUUUUCCUCACACAAGCUUCAUGAGCAUAUCCUGUACGACAAAGUCUUUUUUAUCAACGCAACAGACGAAGCAGACGAAGAGAUUGGUCGUUUGAAGGAUAAAUUAGUUGAUAUAGCAUUUCAACAGUCAACAUGGGGACAAAAAAUGCCGAUUGUUUGGGUGCCUCUUGAUUUACAGAUAUCAGAUUUGAGAACAGAUGGAGUAAAGUUGAUAACGAAACAAAACCUCCUAGAGAUGAACAAAAACAAUAAGGAAUUUGCUCUAAGUGAACGAAGAGUUGAAGACUUCUUACUUGUUCAUCACUCAAUUGGAAAGCUAUUGUAUUUUAAUGAACCUGCGUUAAGAGAUUUUGUUGUCAUUCAACCUUCAGCAAUGGUCAAUAUCCUGAGAGCCUUCAUCACAGACAGAAUGUUUUGGCCAGAGAAUGGACCCAUUCGAGACAUACUAGAAAAUUUAUCAUCUACUGGAGUUUUAAAGAAGAAAGAUCUUUUUACGCUGUGGUUACAACCAGCUUUCAAAGACAUUUUGAUGAACGACAGAAAACAAGAUUAUGUAGUUCAGGUCCUCCUGCAUCUUGAUAUCCUUGUAGAACCUAAACACUACGCUGGGAAGGAUUUCGCUGCAGAUUCAUAUCUAGUGCCAUGCAUUGUGGCUUCUAAAUUUCCACCAAAAAUGCAGAAUGCUGCAACAGAUGACAGAACAAUAUGCAUAGCCUAUCAUCUAAAAGAGACAGUGGUUCCAUCUGCUUUGUCCUUCAAGCUUAUAGGGGCUGCAAUCAGCAUUUGGCCUUUGAAAUUAGUUGAUGCUCGUUAUUGCCUUUAUUAUCAAGCUGCAGUUAUGGAUACUGAUACCAGGAAUGAACUUCAAAUUCAUGUGAAAGGGCACAGAAUUGUUGCAUACCUCGUUAAUGACACGUCAAAACUCCUCAUUUCACCAGAUCUAGCAACAACCAUACAGGAAUGCUUGACAUUGGCACUAGGACGAAUUCUUAAGUUUUAUGGUCAUUGUUUUGGUAGACAAAAUCACAAUGUAACGUCAGACCUUUUUGAAAUAGAAGUUGGAGAAUUAUGCAAAGGUGAAACCUGUUUAAUUCCUUUGUCAGAUGCGAAAACGAAAGCACAUUGGCGAUGCAAGAAUGGGAUGAUACACAACACGAAAUUUCCUCUGAAUUGGAAUGUUGAUAAGAAUAAGAAGCAGUGUGACUCAAAUUGUAAAGGUCUUGAAAUAGAAGCACAACUCUUGACACCAGAUGAUCAACAUUUCGUGCAACUAGCAAGAACAAUAGGCAUUGGAGACUUCUACAACUUCUUCAUUGAACUUGGAAUGGAAAAAGCCGAUUACGACAACUUAAAUUUUCGUUAUUUCUCAAAUCCUAUGGAUUUUAUGUUGAUGGGACUGUUUGAAUGGAGGGAUAAAACAGAAAGUGACCAAUUGACUGCAACGUUUGGAAAACUCCAGAAGGCACUGACAGCUAUUGAAAGACAACAUUAUCUGUGUCAGAUACACAGAGAGGAUCAUACUUUAGUGGAACAAGCUCAUAGCCGCCUACAAGAUGUUCCGUCAGAUGAUGUAAUUAAGGCUUUGACAGAUAAGAACCUGAUUGGUGAUUGCGUUGUUCACUUAGGAGUUGAAUUGUGUCUAAGCAUUGGGGACAUUAAGAAGACUUUAUACAAUUUUCCUAGGGAUUUGAAUGGUCAAGUUCUUGAUCUUCUCACCAAAUGGAAGAAUUGCAAUGAAAUAAAGAUGGUGAAACCAACAAUCUACCGACUUAUGGUAGCUUUAAAACAUAUUAAAGCAGCUAAAGGACUUAGUUAUGUGAAGAAAACAUAUGGUGUAGAGUAACACUUUAUAUGUUGUAUUAUGUGUAAAAGAAGAUAACAAAAAAAGUGUAAGGGUAGUAAACAAAGAUGACGGGUAUAACCUAGUCUAUUGAUUCAAAGAUAGUAGCUAGAAGUAAAUUUAUGUUCUGUUCCCUAUAAUUAUUUGAUAAUCAUUUUUUUUGUAUAUAGUUAAACAGAUGCUGCAUUUUUUUACGAGUGAGAGUGUUCAUAUUAUAAAUAAUAAACAAAAGCAACAUACGCUAGUGGUCUCAUUGAAUUCAAUCAUAUAAUGAUCAAUAAGUUCUAUUAAGCAAGAUGUGUUUCUCAUUCAUAUUUUUUUCAAAAGUUAGGGAUCCAAAAAAGGCUAACAUUUUCGCCUAUUGCGUAAAUAAUAACUUUAUUUCAACGUUAAAUGUGAUAUAUUUAUAGAAACAAACCACCUUAUCUUCUUAUUAUGUUUAAAGGUUUGUGCUUGUUAUCAACAUGAUUGUUAUUUUGAAUAUCAUUCCUAAACUGUGAAUACAUGAACUGCGAGUUCCUUCAGUUCUAGUACACCAGUAAUUUUAAGCUUACCUGGUAGAGAUACCAAUUAAUUUUUUUUUAUCAUUUUGCGUCUGUCAUCUGUCGUCUGUUAACUUUUAAACAGUUUUCUCCUCUGAAACUACUUGGUCAAAUUGAACGAAACUUAACCAAAAAAAAUCAUCAUUUUGAAUAUUAAUAUAGAAUAAAUAUGUCCGAUGACAAGAUGGCUAAAAAUAGAAGAUAGGGGUAAAAUGCAAGUUUUGCCUAUCGUAUUGAAAACUGCCAUAGAUAAAAUUAUUUUAAGGGGUCACAAGAGUUCAGAAUGUUGAGCUGUACCUAUUGUCUAUUUACGUCAAAACUGUCAGACGACUUUUUGUAGAAGUAAUUGCUCUUAAAUGGCGAUUUUUAUUUUAUUUCAAUGACAAUUUUCAUAUCUUCAAUACACUUUUGUUUCCACUAUAACAUGUUUAACACAGAUAAUUGAAAUAAUUUUAAACUAUCUGAGAAUCUUUACCAAGUAAUCUUUUUGAGAACCUCUCGUUUUGUAUCAGAGUAUUGUUUUAAGUUUACCUAAGCAAAUCAUGAAUAUUGCCAUUGCUAUAUAUGAGAUUAGGAUAUCAUUGUUGGAUCUUUGCUGGCAUUACCUCUAUUGUUUCUUCUGAAAUUGUAUAAUAUAAUAAUGUCUGUCACUAAUAUUGCAAAUGAUUUUUAAUGACAAAACACAAUAAAUAGUAAAUGUACAUUUAACAAGUUUGUUCUUUCCAAGUUCCAAGUUAAUAUGUUUCAAAGGGAUAAUAAAAUGACAAAUACAGUACUUUGUUUAGCAUAAAACAGGGUAUGCAGAAUAUUUGUCAAUUAUCAAU